AUGACUUUAGAGUUAGUUGCUUGCAAGCAACAUUGCGAGAUAAAGUAUAGGUUCUAUUGUUACUUGCAAGCAACAUUGACCGAUAAAGGGGUUUUAUUAGUCGAGGAAAUGGAUGGUCCGCCACGAGAACUUUGUCUUCCUGCGUUGGCCAACGAUUUGGCUAAUUCCAUACGGAACUCCUUUAGCGGUUUUGACGUUACACGUGCUGUGUUGCAGUCCUUUCUGUACAGAAGCCAGGCGUUGAUCACUGACAUAUCAAGAACCCAUGUGAAAAUUGGGAAGUACCAUCUUUUCGAUCUGCUUGGACUUCGAUACAGACCAAGUAAUGAAUUGGCCUUAUCGACACCACCCAUGUGCUUAUUGUAUUGCGUUAUAACGGAUGGACAAGGGAUGGUGACGCUAUUACAACAAAGUGGCAAAAUAUAA